CUAAUUGAAGCGCCUGCCAUUACUUUAAGGCAUAAUUCAAUCACAUAACCUCUAUUUAUUAGACAUUUAUAUCAGUGUAUUUUUUUCUUCUGUCUAAUGUACGAUUGGAUUAUUUCAAGUCAAUAUCUAAAAUAAUAUAUAUUUUCAAACGAUACGUGACAUUUAUAUUUUUGUACAAUAAUAUGUCAAAUUAAAUAAUAUUGAGUGAACCCACCGCGGCCAUAAAUUAAAUUUGGAUUAGAAUGGUUCAUCAGCAUAUUAAAGUGUACGCGAGAAUAAAAAAGGAAUUGAAAGAUAAAUCUUCGGUAAUUUACGAAGUCACCAAAAACAAAAAAGAAUAUGAAGAUCUAAUGUUCUAUCCAGGAACCAGCAGUUUUUUGAAUUCAUGUUGUGGAUUUAGGAAAGUAUUACAAAUUAUAUUUUGAUUGAAAAUAUUUGUUCUAUAUCAUCACCCUAUUGUAGGUUUUAUAAAGUUUUUAAUGUAGAUAGUGUACAAGCAGAGGUAUUUGAUUUGGUUGCAAUACCUGUAAUUAGAAGCGUAAUUGAGGGAUUUAAUGGUACAAUAUUUGCAUAUGGUCAAACAGGCAGUGGUAAAACAUACAGUAUUACUGGUUCGCCAAAAAAUUAUGACGAAAGAGGUAUUAUUCCAAGGAGUAUACAGUAUAUAUUCAAACAUUACGAACACUCGAGUUACUCUUUUUGAAGAUAAAAAAGGAGAUGCACAUAUUCGAAAUUUGAAUGUUUUUCCAGUUACUACUGAACAAGAAGCUAUGAGGUUUUUAUUUUUAGGAGAUACCCAUAGGACGAUUGCAGAAACUGUUUCUAAUGAGUUUUCUUCAAGAUCUCAUUGCAUAUUCACUCUUUACAUAAAUUUGCGAGACAGCAAUUCUGCACAAUUAAGAUCUUCGAAGCUGCAUUUGGUGGAUCUGGCUGGGUCUGAACGAAUUUCCAAAACUCACACAAAGGGUUAUUGCUUACAAGAAGCGAAGUCAAUCAACUUAUCCCUUCAUUUUUUACAGCAAGUAAUCUUAGCAUUAUCAGAAUCUAACAGGACUCACAUUCCUUAUAGGAACAGUAUGUUGACUCACAUUUUAAAGGAUUCUUUAAAUGGAAAUUGCAUUACUAGUAUGUUGGCUACAUUGUCAAUUUCGCAGUCUAAUAUAGAGGAAUCAAUAAGUACCUGUCGAUUUGCUCAAAAAGUUUCUAUGAUAUCCACGGAUCCUAUCAUCAAUGUCUUAGAUCCACAAAAAGAAAUUAAUUUUUUAAAACUCAAAAUCGAAGACUUAGAAAAGAAGCUGUCUUUAGCUACAGGAUUUUCUAGUUGUAAGCCAUUAUGUAAGCAAAAAAUGGAACAAUAUAUCAUAGAAGUGAAAUCUUUUGUUGGUUCAGACAAAAAAUUGAUAACAGUUGCACCUGAUAUGUCGGAAAUUCAAUUUUGUUUCAAUUUAUUGAAAAAUGAAGUUGAAAACAAAAAGAGGAAAUGCGUUCAGUUAGAGGAUUCUUUGGUGAAGAAGACAGAAGGGAUAUCUAUGCUAAACGACGAGUUACUGAAAAAAGAUAAAGAAAUUUUGCAGUUGAAAAAUAUUAUAGACAGAAUACAAGAAACACCAGUUCCGUUAAGUACAAUAGACGGACGAAGUACUAUAUCUUCUAUAGAUUCGUUGAAUCAUAAAAUGCAAUAUCUAAGUAUAGAAGACGAAAGAAUUUUAUAUGAAAAGUUUAUGUCCCGUCCAGAAAUAUCUAGUGAAUUGAUAUUCUAUAAAAACGCAUUGGAAAAACAAUUUAGUGAAGCUAAAUUAUGUGCAGAAACCAUAGAAAAUUGUCAAAAGCAGAUAAAUUUCAUAAAGCAACAAUUAGAUUUACCUUUAAGUUGGAUUGAAAGAAAUCAAUUGAUACCGGAACUUGAAAAGCAGCAAACCAUUUACAAAAACACAUUGAUGGAUAUUAAGAAUAUCCAAAGUGAAACAGUCCAUUUACAAUCUGGUCUUGAACAAGCAGAAGUUAAAUCCCAACAUAAAUUCAAAGUAUGGAUACAAGAGUGGAGUAAUAAUAAAAACAAAGUCCCUCGAAACGACUUUACCGACCGAACCUCAAAAGAAAUCUCUUAUUUUUCUAAUGCUUCAAGUGAUUAUAAAUUUUUGAAUAAUUAUUUAGGUACUCAUGAAUAUAUGGACAAAAUUAGGAAUAUGAAUACAUUAAAUUUAAAUUCAUUUGAUAAUAGCAACGAUUUUCUAAACAAACAUUAUUGUUAUAACUCUGACACGGAAACUAAUAAUGUUCCUUCUCUAUCCUGUUUAAAGAAGGACGUUUACUUAAAGCCUAACGCCUUAUCAUUUAUUAGUGAACAUGCUUGUUGUAGUACCAAGUGUAUCCAUUGCUGUGAACACUUUAAUUCAGAUUCUACUCUACCUCAGUCUUGCUCUGCACCAUUAUCAGAAGAUUUAGUUGCAACCAAAGAUUCGAAUGAAGAUAAAGACAUUUCGGGAGUUUCAGUUUGCACAAAAGAAUCUAUUCCAUCCAUAAUUACCUUGAAAAGUAGAGGAUGUAUUUCAGAUGAUUUAUUUUCCGUUAAAAAAUCACUGUUGUCAGUUAAAGAAGACGACGAAAUAGUCGGUGAUCAUACAUAUAGAAAAGUAGCACCUGAGAAAGAUGUUGAUACUUAUAAUGGGAUUGAAAAAUAUUUAAUGGAAACAGAUACUCUAGAAUUUAGAGAAUUCAUGAAAAGCGUUGCUCUUACUGGUAUAGACGAAAUUGACAAUGAAAUUUUUUGUUUUUAUAGAAGUAAAUUUUGUUAAUAAAUGUUAAUGUUGUGUUAA